CAGGCGGUGCAGCGGGGCGGUGCAACGCGCGCCGCCGUCCCGGCCGUCGGGCAGACAGUAGGACGGCGACGCCACUGUGAGUCGGUGACCACGGCGCGAAGAGCGCGCUCGCCGCACCGUGACAUGUAGCGCGGCCGCCGCGCCGCAGCCCCGCGACCACUCCGCCGGUGGCGGCGCGCCGAUGCGCCUGCCGUCCGGCCCGACGCCCGCGCCGAAAUACCUCGCGAACCCCGGACGCCAGUGUCGCUUUUGCCGUUACACCCGAAGCGAAACCCUCGUCCGGUCAUUUUCGACGACAGUCGUCGGAUGGAACCCGGAGUGCGCCGAUUCGCAUUAAGCGGCGGGAGCUAGCUCAGACAUGGGAAGUGAGCACUAUUGCCUGAGGUGGAACAAUCAUCAGAGCAACCUGCUGGGCGUAUUCAGCCAGUUGCUGCACGACGAGAGCUUGGUCGACGUCACGCUCGCCUGCUCAGAGGGCGCCUCCAUAAGGGCUCAUAAGGUAGUGUUGUCCGCGUGUUCAUCCUACUUCCGUUCCCUGUUCGUGGAUCAUCCAUCACGCCACCCCAUCGUGAUCCUGAAGGACGUGGGCUUGGAGGAGCUCCGCACGCUCGUCGACUUCAUGUACAAGGGCGAGGUCAACGUCCAGUACUGCCAACUGCCAGCGCUACUCAAAACCGCUGAGAGUCUUCAGGUCAAAGGACUAGCUGAAAUGACGACUUUAAGCGCAGCUGGCAUCACCACAAGGAACGUUCCAGAGCCGAUGGAGGAGUGUCAACCGCAGGAAAGCAAAGAGGGCAUAGACUCGCAAGAGAGGUUAGAAGAUCGGGACAAUCGAGAGAAAGAGGACAGGCGCGAACCAAAAGACUUACGUGAUAGAGAGAUCAAAGAGAUAAGGGAGCGGGAACCACGAGAAAGAGAGCGGGAGCGGGAACGUGAACGUGAAAUUAGAGACCGUGACAUAAUAAGAGACACGAGGGAAUCUAGAGAGACUAGAGAUUCUCGAGACACACGGGAUUUACGUGAACAUAGAGAAAGUAGAGAAAAUAGAGAAUCUCGAGACCUACGGGAUGUGAGGGAUCCUCGUGACAGAGAAGCGACAGACGCUUCUCCUCCUCGAAUGUCACCUUUACUUUCCGUUCGACGAUUUAGGCCUGAAACAUCGAUUGAAGCACCGACGCUUACGCAUCCUCCAAUACCCAAAGAUGAACCACCUGACGAGCCAAUGCGACCGUCGUCGCCGGAAGAAGACACAGUUUCCAUUAGAUCAAACGGUGCAAAUGAUAAUAUAGGUAUCAAUAUGACAAUAAACAGUCAUGGAAGUGCACUAGGAUCCCGUUACUCUCCAGUAGAACAAAGGCUGAGUGUUUUGAGUUCUUUAUCACAUCCAGGCCUUCCACAUCCUCACAGCUCAAUAUCAAGCCCAAGAAAUGAACCAAUUGCUGGCCCGUCUGGUCUACCGCCAGUUCAGCAAGUACCACUUUCACUAAAAAAGGAGGCAGAUUGGGAAAGAAGUAACGAUGAGAAGAGUGCGGAGGCAGAAUACAGAUUACAACAUGAGUCUUUGUGCCUGGACAUGUCGUGCGGGUCCCCCGGUCUGGGGGCGGGGCUCGCGCCACGCAGCCCGCCUGCGCUGCCGAUGUGGUCGCCGCUGCUGGCGCUGCAGGCGUGCCGACUGCGCAGGUAUCUCAGCGACGACUGCAUGGCCUACCAGAGUCGCCACCUGCUGCCCGCGGAGCGUCGGCGCUGCGGCGUCUGCCUCGCCUCCUUCCCCUCCGCCUGGCUCCUGGAGCGCCACGCUGCCCUGCAGCACUCCUCCCAGGUGCCCGGCGAGGACAAGCCCUUCGUGUGCGAGCAGUGCGGUCAGAGUUACCGGUACAGGUCCGCGUACGUCAAGCACAGGGAGCAGAACCACCGCGCGCGCCUCCCCGCCGACAAGCUUUUCACCUGCGACGUAUGCGGCAUGCAGUUUAGAUACCUCAAGUCAUUCAAGAAGCACCGCCUGAACCACACUCUCGAGAGGCUGCACACGAAGACCGCGGAGCCGCCGGAGGGCAUCGACCAGGUGUCCAGCACGAACGAGGUGCAGAUCGGCCGGUGCGGCGAGAUGGACCUAUCUAUGAAAAAGAGGUCGGCCGCGCGCUCCUCGCCUGUCGAGGUGGUCGGUGACGCCGAACAGGACAGCACCGUCGACUCCAACGGGCCCGCGGAGUCUGUCGUCACCGUCGACGACUCUCCCGAGCUCCGCAGCUCCGGCCCCGAGGGCGACACGAAGCGAGACGACCUUCCGGCGGGCUCCGAGAGGCGGCGCGUUCCCGUGUCCUUCGCCAGUGUCAGCUCCAUUGCCGACAGCUCGGAGAGCGAGCGCGACAGGAAACUCGAGAGCCCGAGCUCGCACUCCGGCAUUCUGGGAUUCCUCCAGAACGACGAUCGGCAGAGGGAGAGGGAGAGGAGGUUCGCGUGCCCGUUCUGCGGCAAGUGCGUCCGGUCGAAGGAGAACCUGAAGCUGCACGUGAGGAAGCACACGGGCGAGCGGCCGUUCGUGUGCCUGUUCUGCGGGCGGGCGUUCGGCGGCAAGAGCGACCUGACGCGGCACCUGCGCAUUCACACGGGCGAGCGGCCCUACCACUGCGAGGCGUGCGGCAAGUGCUUCGCGCGCGCCGACUACCUGUCCAAGCACCUCACCACGCACGUGCACAACGCGCGCUGAUCCGCCCGCGCCGCCGCGCGCGCACGCCCCGCCCGCUCGCCCGUGCGCCCCGCCCGCUCACCCCGCCCCUAGCCCCCGCCCCUAGCUCGGAGCCGGCUUAUAUUGUAACGGCAAAGGAAUAUUUUUUAAAAGUUUUUUAACUUUACAAUUUUAUUAUGGACGAAUAUUAGCUAAGCAGGUCUAAGAUAAAUAUUGAGAAGUUUGAUUUCGGAGUGGUCUAUUUAUAUAGUUCAAUGAAAGUUAUUAUUUUCUAUAUUGCUUCGAAUUCGUAACAAAGCGAGUAGAAUCGCCGCUGAUAAUAUUAUAUAGGAUCGAGUAAACGGAAGACGCGUCACAACGCUACGGAGGGGGGUGAACGAUAAAUUUAGAACUCCCUGGAUCCAAAUAAAAAUGAUCUCCAAUUAAAUUAUUAUCUUUCUGAAGAGCGGAAAGAGGUUUACAUCUCAAGGCUUAUAUAUUUUAAAUGUCGUAUAAUUUCAAAGGAUCGGUUGAAUUAUUAUUAAUUUCGAUUUAAGAUUAAAAUCAUUCCAUUAAUUAUCGAAAAUUAGGAGAAGAGUAGCGGUGACGGUAAGUAAGUAGGAGAAUGCAAAAAGCUGUGAUUCAUAUUAAUGAUUAAGACCAGUCAACAAGUUUUAGAACAUC